AUACGGACGACCGCACGUUCGCCAUCCAGUACAGCGUCUCAGAUGGUGAUGCCCCCAUAUUCACCAAUCUGCCGGCUACUAUAGACGUUUACGACCACACCGUUAUCAGCACGUCCAUCUUUAACGUCACCGUCAAUGACAGCAACGCAGCAGAGUUAUCUUCCCUUGUCAUGUCUGUUUCUUUCUAUGAGCCGCACAGUAGUACUCCAGCUAUAGCUAUCGAUCUGAACACAGGUCAGGUGACUACGGCUAACCAGUUGUAUGUGAGUACUGUGACCUUGACCUUGACCCUGACGGAUGUGUGUGGGCUUUCAGACAGUCAGACACUGACCGUAAAUAUCAUCAACCAGCCACCGAUCAUCAGUAACCUCCCGGCGGCUGUCGAUUUGUCGGAAACCGUUACCGUGGAAACACUUCUUUACACACUGUCCGUGUCUGACCCCUCGAAUGACCUUGUUAUGUGCACAGUGAACUCCUCCUCUCCAACAGACGCCCCAUUUCUGAUACAACUUAUCCCGGGGACUUCAAAUUACGGGGUAUAUAGCAGGCUGGUGCCUCUAUUUGACUACAACAUCACUGACCAGUACGUACUGACCAUUCACUGUACGGACACCAAGGACAUUACAUCCGGGCAGUUCGAGAUUAACAUGCUGCCAAACACCGUACCUUUUUUCCUUAAUAUCCCCGCUUCAGUUACCAUAGCGACGACGACACAGAUAGGUACAGUGGUGUACACUGUUCUAGCGGCAGACAACGAAACAACUAACAUCGAGUUUUCGAUAGCCAGUUGUUCCAAUUGUUGGUUUGCAAUAGCAGAAACCGGACAAGUGAUUCUGAAAACGUCCAUCCUUACCACCACUACAACUGUGUAUGAAAUCCGAAUCAGUGUCAGGGACGCCUCCCUAACAUCUUCUACUACCAAACUCAGCUUCAUCAUUUCAGGAGUCAAUAACCAGCCAACCAUCAACAAUUUACCUCUGACGUUGAAUAUUCUGGAAUCCGUCGCCAUAGGAACGGCGAUCUUCACUUUAGAUGUGACAGAGCAUGACACAGACGAUACAUUGAAUUACGUCAUUUCCUACACACCGUCCUCUGCGGCAGCAAAGUUUCAGUUCGACGUCAGCAGCCUUCUUGGGCACAAAGGUGCUCCAAAGCUGCCGGUGUCCACGUUCCAUCCGUGGAAAGCCUUGACAGAACGUGAAAAGCGUGUCGGACCUUCAUCAGAACCAAAACAACUUAUGUUGAUACAAAGCCUCGAUUUCGAAUCAGGGGUUAUUCAAUACACCAUUGGAUUUACAGUGGACGAUGGGUCCUUGACCGCCGGCCCUUCUUCCUUGACCAUCGACGUCCUAGAUGAUAACGAGGCUCCCGUGUUUACUCGUGAGAUGUAUUACAUUACAGACUCCGAGAACAGGAACGUCGGCUACUCACUGCCAAGUGCGCUGUUCACUGUGACAGACGCUGACGUUGGCGAUUCUCUGACGUAUUCAAUAGCUUCAGGCGACCCCCUAGAGCGCUUCACCAUCAAUGCUACUUCCGGAAUUCUGGAGUUUGCUAUCGUAUACGAUAUCGAUGAUGGCCGAAUGCCAGCGGUGGUCAAUCUGACCAUUAUGGUAACCGAUACGGGUGGAUUGUCCGCAACAACACUUGUACAAGUCACCCUUCUAGACAGUAACGAGAACCAACCAAUUUUCAUCUCCGACACGUUUGAGGCCAACAUCCCCAAUGACUAUCCGGUGAAAUCAAGUAUAGUAUCUGUCUCCGCCACAGAUAUAGACUACACCUACAACGUUAUCGAGUAUUCACUUAUAGACGGGGAUCUCCAGUAUUUUGACGUAAAUGAGGAAUCGUGGGUUUACCUCAUCAAAUCUGUCGCCGAGUUUUACAACUACACGACACUAAGCGUGAAGAUACAGGCAUAUUCUCAUGGCCAUAGAUCCUACGCUUACGCUAACAUCCUCGUCAGCCCAGCACUGGGCGAUAGUCUUUUCAACCAUACCGGAAACAUCCUCUGGUUCACCGCAUGCGUAGUAGCCGUGGUUCUUAUCGUCAUUAUGUGUGUGUUCAUGGUGUAUCGGUACAUCCGGUAUGGCUACGCAUGCUCACCGAAGAAAUGGUCAUUGGACUGCGGUGUACUCAGACGGGGUUGGCAGGGUUUGAAAAACAAACUAAACGAGGGAACAAACACGGUCCGCACCAAAUGGAAGGCUUGGAAAAUAUCUAAGAACCACAUAAAAAAAAUCGCAACUCCAAAAAAGGUUGCAUUUUCACCGGAAAAGAUCAGCAUACCCAAGAAAUCGCCUCCUAGGACUCAAGGACGAUGUUAUCAUGGGAUUUGCAGCAAAUUUCUGUCAUGGUUACCGAAAUGCAAACGGCCUGUUGAACGAAUACAGGUGCAACCUGUAGCCGUGACCUCUGACCUCCCCACCCCCCUGACCGACACUUACAGCUGGACACCCUGGAGAAAUGAGUGGGAUAUCGCACCGGGUUACACUGUCUGAUUAAAAUCGGUGAAACGGGGCUUCCAAUUGUACCUGAUGGAGACCAACUCUACAUAUUAGAAG